GCUAAUCAGAACGCUGGGGAAGAGGAGACUGAGUGCGUGAGCCUGCUUGAGGAUUGGCUUUUCUCUAGCCUCUUUCUCCCAGUCUUCCGUAGGCUUUCUGCAGGAGAUGCUGUUUCCCAACCCGGAGGGACGGAUAGGAUGGAAGAGGAGGCAGGGCUGAGUCGCCGCCUUUCCUGAGAGGCUGUGAACUUGAAGGAGUAGGAAGCCCCGUGGGCAAUACGGGAGGAGCUUUCUUGAGCACUGCUUAGGGGUAUUUGCGUUCUAUCCUUCCUAGUGCUAGAAACCUCCAGUGCAGCCCCCAUUCUUCGGAUCCGCCCCAACCAGGAAAACCAAAGGAACUGGCGCGGUUCAGCCACCUGUGCGUGCAGUGGAAUCCUGUAACGGGGAGCCAGAAGUAUGACAGAUGGUGUUUGCAGGAUAUUGAUUCUGAAGAAUUGAGGGUUCCUGACCAAACCCAGUCAAUAAUGGAGAAAACAGCACGCGAAGUUCCAACAUGGAGACCAUUGCUCUCUUAAUUUCACUCUAGACAUGUGCCCUCGAAGCAAAGAGUGAAAGGCUUUCAGGAACCCAUCCCAUCCUUGUACCCUUUUUCUUCCUCUUGGAGAAAAGAAAAACAAUGACCUUUUAUAGAUGUUGCUUGGUCCUCUUGGCUUUCACCUGGAACACUUCUGCCUAUGGCCCUGACCAGAGAGCACAGAAAAAGGGAGAUAUAAUUCUCGGGGGACUCUUUCCAAUUCAUUUUGGAGUAGCAGCUAAAGAUCAGGAUCUAAAGUCAAGGCCUGAGUCAGUGGAAUGCAUCAGGUAUAAUUUUCGAGGGUUUCGAUGGUUACAAGCAAUGAUUUUUGCUAUCGAGGAGAUAAACAACAGUCCUUCUCUUCUCCCCAACAUGACACUGGGAUACAGGAUAUUUGAUACCUGCAACACAGUUUCUAAAGCCCUAGAAGCCACACUGAGUUUUGUAGCCCAGAACAAGAUUGAUUCCUUAAACCUGGAUGAAUUCUGCAACUGCUCGGAGCAUAUCCCCUCCACUAUUGCUGUGGUUGGAGCAACUGGCUCUGGCAUAUCCACUGCUGUGGCAAACCUGCUGGGAUUGUUCUAUAUACCUCAGGUCAGUUAUGCAUCAUCCAGUAGGCUCCUGAGCAACAAAAACCAGUACAAGUCUUUCCUCCGGACCAUCCCCAAUGAUGAACACCAGGCUACUGCAAUGGCAGACAUCAUUGAGUAUUUCCGCUGGAACUGGGUGGGUACCAUUGCCGCAGAUGAUGACUAUGGCCGGCCAGGGAUUGAGAAGUUCCGAGAGGAGGCAGAAGAGAGAGAUAUCUGCAUUAACUUCAGCGAGCUCAUCUCCCAGUACUCUGAUGAGGAUGAAAUACAGCAUGUUGUAGAGGUCAUCCAGAAUUCCACAGCCAAAGUGAUUGUUGUCUUUUCUAGUGGCCCGGAUCUAGAACCUCUCAUCAAGGAGAUUGUCCGUCGUAACAUCACAGGCAGGAUAUGGUUGGCCAGUGAAGCCUGGGCCAGCUCCUCACUCAUAGCCAUGCCUGAGUUUUUCCAUGUUAUUGGAGGUACAAUUGGGUUUGCACUAAAGGGAGGGCAGAUUCCAGGAUUUAGGGAGUUCCUUCAGAAGGUACACCCCAAGAAGUCAGUUCAUAAUGGUUUUGCCAAGGAGUUUUGGGAAGAGACAUUUAACUGUCAUCUCCAGGAAGGUUCUAAAGGGUCUCUAUCUUUUGACCCCUUUCUGAAGAGUCGAGAGGAAGGAGGCAGGAACAGACCCAACAACACAACCACCACUUUUCGUCCUCUGUGUACUGGGGAUGAAAACAUCACCAGUGUUGAGACACCAUAUAUGGACUACACCCAUUUGCGGAUCUCUUACAAUGUAUACCUGGCUGUCUACUCCAUUGCCCAUGCCUUGCAGGACAUAUACACCUGUUCACCUGGGAAAGGACUCUUCACCAAUGGCUCCUGUGCAGAUAUUAAAAAGGUUGAGGCUUGGCAGGUUUUAAAACACCUGCGGCACUUAAACUUCACCAACAAUAUGGGCGAGCAAGUGGAUUUUGAUGAGUUUGGGGACCUGGUGGGCAACUAUUCAAUCAUCAACUGGCAUCUCUCCCCAGAGGAUGGCUCCAUCGUUUUUAAGGAGGUUGGGCAUUACAAUGUUUAUGCCAAGAAGGGUGAACGGCUUUUCAUCAAUGAGGAGAAAAUUCUGUGGAGUGGAUUCUCCAGGGAGGUGCCAUUCUCCAACUGUAGUAGAGACUGUCUGGCAGGAACCAGAAAAGGGAUCAUUGAAGGGGAACCUACCUGUUGCUUUGAAUGUGUGGAGUGUCCCGAUGGAGAGUACAGUGAUGAAACCGAUGCAAGUGCUUGUGACAAGUGUCCUGAUGACUCCUGGUCCAAUGAAAAUCAUACUUCUUGCAUUGCGAAGCAGAUCGAAUUUCUUUCUUGGACAGAGCCAUUUGGAAUUGCCCUCACCCUUUUUGCAGUUCUGGGUAUCUUCCUAACCUCUUUUGUACUCGGAGUCUUCAUCAAGUUCCGAAAUACUCCCAUCGUCAAGGCAACCAACCGGGAACUGUCCUACCUCCUUCUCUUUUCCUUGAUCUGCUGUUUCUCCAGCUCCUUGUUCUUCAUCGGGGAGCCUCAGGACUGGACGUGUUGCCUGCGCCAGCCAGCCUUCGGGAUCAGCUUCGUAUUAUGCAUCUCCUGCAUCUUGGUGAAAACCAAUCGGAUCCUUUUGGUAUUUGAGGCGAAGAUCCCCACCAGUCUCCACCGCAAGUGGUGGGGUCUCAACCUGCAGUUUCUCCUCGUUUUCCUCUGCACCUUCAUGCAGAUUGUCAUAUGUGUCAUUUGGCUCUACAAUGCUCCCCCUUCUAGCUACCGAAACUACGAGCUGGAAGAUGAGAUCAUCUUUGUCACGUGCCAUGAAGGUUCCCUCAUGGCACUGGGGUUCCUGAUCGGCUACACCUGCCUUCUGGCUGCCAUCUGCUUCUUCUUUGCGUUCAAGUCCAGGAAGUUGCCCGAGAACUUCAACGAAGCCAAGUUCAUCACCUUCAGUAUGCUCAUCUUCUUCAUCGUCUGGAUCUCCUUCAUCCCGGCCUACGCCAGCACCUACGGCAAGUUUGUCUCGGCUGUGGAGGUGAUCGCUAUCCUGGCGGCCAGCUUCGGGCUGCUGGCCUGCAUCUUCUUCAACAAGGUCUACAUCAUCCUCUUCAAGCCUUCUCGGAAUACCAUCGAGGAGGUGCGCUGCAGCACGGCAGCCCACGCCUUCAAGGUGGCCGCCCGAGCCACGUUGCGCCGCAGCAACGUCUCCAGGAAGCGAUCCAACAGCCUUGGGGGCUCCACCGGCUCUACCCCGUCCUCCUCCAUGAGCAGCAAGAGCAACUCUGAGGACCCCUUCCCGCAGCCCGACAGGGAGAAAGAGCAGCAGCAGCAGCAGCAGCAGCCCUUGACCCCUCAGCAGCAACGGCCGCAACAGCAACAGCACCGCUGUAAACAGAAAGUGAUCUUCGGCAGUGGGACGGUCACCUUUUCUCUGAGCUUCGAUGAACCACAGAAGAAUGCUAUGGCCCAUAAGGUGGCCAAGCAGCAGAACUCCCUGGAGGCCCAGAAUAGUGGUGACAGCCUGGCCCGGCGCCAAGCCUUACUCCCCCUUCAGAGCAGUGAAGCUGGAUCAGAACUGGACAGCGGGGACUUGGACUCAAACGAGUCGGUGGUGGGUGAUAGCCAGCCAGAGACCCAGAUCCCCGAAGAAAUGUCCCCAGCCCUUGUUGUGUCUAACUCAAGGAGUUUUAUCAUCAGCGGAGGCGGCAGUGCCGUCACGGAAAAGAAAAUCCAUUCCUAAACUGAAAGACAGCCGCUGAUCCGGAGAGGAUCAAGAAAGUCCAGUAUGUAAUUGUUGGAGACAGUUAUAGUGCAUUGUGGUCCAUAGAAAUCGCUUUCCCUCUGGAGACAGAAGGAGUUUUUAGCAUCUUGAACUUGUCACAGAUAGUAACUAAGUUGCAAGUAACACAGUCACAGGUAGUAAUUAAGUUGCAAGACUGGCAACUAAAAAAAAAUAUAACAAAAUUCAUUCUCUUUGAGGGAUUUAGAUCAAUGAAACUGCUUUUUAAUGCUGUUUGAUGUAUGGGGGGGGAAAUUCCCUCACAUUUAGAGCUGGCCAGAAGUAGAAUGGGAAGUAGUAGGGUCCUUAUCCCGUGAGAUCUUCAAGCGGAGGCUGGAUGACUGAUCACUUGCAGGAGAUUCCUGCUCAGCUAAAGUUGGCCCAGCUGGUCUCAGAAGUCUCUUCAAGGCCUGAGAUUCUGCAAUAGAGUCCUGCUUCUUUGGAAAAGUUUCCAUUCUUCUAUUCUAAGCCACCACAGUACCAACAAGGCAUUGAAUUUCCUUCUGCUAUGUGGUGUGUGUGUGUGUGUACAUAUAUUUGUGUAAGCCUGUGGGUGAGUGUAUUAAAUAACAUGUUAAAUAUCUGUCUGUUCUGGGGAAAAACUGAGCCUUAUAUGGUUCAGUGAGAACCUGACUAUGGAGUCACAGGAUUUCAGUCGGGGCAUGAUCCAAAAAAAUGACUGAAAGGCAGAAUGCUGGUGGAUAGCCUGGCUGUGUAAAGUAUUUUCAGUGUUUGAAAUAAAGCACAUGUGAAUGCUUCUUCUUAUUUAUAAAACCAUAAGACACUGGGAUCUUCUCCUUACUGCUGCUAAUUUGGAAUGUUUUAAAUGCUGGCCACCAACCUUUUGUACUAGGGUUUAUACUUACAUCCAGAAUAUGUUAUUGACACUGUGAUUGAUUUGGAGGAGAACCAGCUCCAGAUGUAAAUUCAAUGAGGAUGUAUCUGUGAUUAAGCUUACUCCAUGUAGCUUUUGCUUUCAUAAAUUGUUUCUGCUUUAAUGUUCUGGAAGGAGAGAAAAAGGGGAAGAAGGAACAUAAAAUGAACAUUUUCACAAUCUUGCUUACAUGAUAGAAUGCUAUUAAGCUCCAGUCUCUCCUUCAUUUUCACUCUUGGAAAUGGAAGGGUUAGGCUUGGAAGGCAACACAGUAUAGUAGGAAACACACUAAAUACAUAAAAGCAAUCAGAGAUCUAGAAUUAGAAGGGAUAUAAGAGGUCCUCUAAUCCAACCCCCUUAUUUUGCUGAUGGAGAAACUGAGGUUUGGUGAGGCUUUAGUUUGCCCAAGGUCACAGGUAGUAAAUGACUAAGGCAAAGUUUUAAUCUUGGUCUGAUGACUUCAAGUUCACUUCCUCUAACAGCUAUUUGACACUGGGCAAAUUAAUUUAAUCAGCCCAAAUUCCAUCUUGUGUAGGAGGCUUUUCUUAGUCCUCCAGCUUCUAAUGUCUUUGUGCUUCAUACUUCUUUCAUCUACUCUAUAUAUUUUUUAAAUCUAUUUAGCUAUGUACCCAUUGUUUUACAAAUUAGAUUGUGUACUCCCUGAGAGCAGAAACUGUUUGGGAUUGUUUUGUCUUUGUUUUUACUUUCUUUGUAUAGCUGACAUUCACAUCAGUGUCUACCACAUGGUAGGAACUUAAAAAAAAUGCUUCUUGACUGAUUAGUCCCUUUCUACCUUUCCAGUUUUCUUAUGCCUUAAUUUUCCUCAUAUACUCUUAUACUCCCUCAUAUACUCAUAUAUACUUCCUUGGACAUUGACCUCUUGAACAAGAUCCCCCAUGUCCUGACUGAGAAUUUUCAUUCCUGAAACCCAUUCCCUCCUCAUCUUCCCCCUCCUGGCUUUCUUCAAGUCUCAGCCAAAGUCCCACCUUCUGCAAAAAGCCUUUCUCAAUCCCCCUCAAUGCCAAUGCCUUCCCUCUGCUAAUUAUCUCCAAUUUAUCCUGCCUAUAUCUUGUUUGUACAUAGUUGUUUACACAUUGUUUUCCCAUUAGACUGUAAGCUCUAUGAGGGCAGGGACUCUCUUUUUCUUUUUUUUUAAACUUUCUUUGUACCUGCAGCACUUAGCACACAAUCUGGCAAAUAGUAGUUGCAUAAUCAAUAAAUGCUAGUUGACUGAC